GUACCUAUGUUGUGCUAGCAUAGCGAACUGCAUUAAUGUUCUCUUAGACAUUGUUUUUGCUAUAAAUCUGUUGAUUUCAAUGUGAAAUAGUGAAGCUACGGGUGACACAGUGCAAUAAGACACGAUGGGUGUACCAAUGUUAAAGAACUGUUGCUUUUGCGCGAGUUUACACACAGGAAUGCUCAUUAUAGCGUAUUUGUAUUCAGUAUGGGCUCUAGUAGAACUGACAGGGUAUUGUCUGAUAGUGACGUUUCGUCCGCUGGAGUCGGUGCGCGGCGACGGCGGGCUGUCCAUGAGCAAGUACGUCACGUUCGUGGUGUCCGCGGCCGUGACGGGAGUGCACCUGCUGUGCUCUCUGCUGCUCAUACUAGCGGCGUAUAAGAAGCUGUCAUACCUCACGCUGCCAUGGACGAUAGUGACGGGCCUCCUGACGGCGAUGUACUUCGUGCUGUGCCUGACCGGCAUCAGCCUCGUGCUGCAGGACUCAGUGGAGCAGCUCAGCCUCGAGGCCGUCUUCAUCUGCGUGCAGUUCGCCAGGAUCUGCAUCUCUGUAUACUGCAUCAUGGUGGUGCACAGCCGCCACAAGCAGAUCAUGGCGGAGGAGGAUGAGCGGCGCUUCAUGCAUUCAGGAAGAAUCAACAAGGACAAGACCGAAGACUACCCGCUCAUACGAAUAUAGAACUACUGUCAUGCCCAAAUUUAUUAUUUUAUGAUUUUACCUUUAUAAUCAUUAUUGUAUUCAUGAAUUCUUCGUAGAAGUUCUUGAAAAAUAAAGUCUAUCGCGUAUAAAGAAUUUAAAUGACGUCCCGACGUUUUGAACCCUUUAACAGCGUUCGUAGUCAACGGGUGACAUGAAAAAUAUAUUCAUCUCUGCCAAAAGUGUAAAGGGUUCGAAACCUCGGGAAGUAUUUUAUUAGUACAUUGCGAUACAAGUGCGAAAAAUUAGUCAGCGAUAC